UUACUUGAUCUAACUGUGUUUCUGUUUUUGUCAUAUAGUCCGUUACUCUCGUCCUGUUAUAAUUCUGGGACCCAUGAAAGAUCGAAUUAAUGAUGAUCUGAUCUCGGAGUUUCCAGACAAAUUUGGAUCUUGUGUUCCACAUACAACCAGACCAAAGCGUGAUUAUGAAGUUGAUGGGCGAGACUAUCAUUUUGUUACAUCUAGAGAGCAAAUGGAAAAAGACAUUCAAGAUCACAAAUUUAUUGAGGCUGGACAAUACAACAACCACCUGUAUGGCACCAGCGUGCAGUCUGUAAGAGAGGUAGCAGAAAAGGGUAAACACUGUAUCCUCGAUGUUUCAGGAAAUGCAAUUAAGAGGCUUCAAAUAGCCCAGUUACAUCCAAUUGCUAUCUUCGUCAAACCAAAAUCAAUUGAAAACAUCAUGGAAAUGAAUAAGCGAUUAACAGAAGAUCAAGCAAGAAAAACUUUUGAGAGAGCUAUAAAACUUGAACUGGAAUUUACGGAACAUUUCACAAGUAUUGUACAGGGAGACUUACUGGAGGAGAUUUACAAUCAGGUGAAGCAGAUUAUUGAGGAUCAAUCAGGGCCUUACAUCUGGGUUCCAACCAAGGAGAAACUGUGAAGUCACUUCGUAAUUAUCAUCAUCCAUUGCUCGCAAUGAGGCUGGGCCCCCUUCUACAGGAUUCACUCUCUCCUGUUGAUCACAGAUCUUUCUCUCUCUUUUUGUGUGUCAUGAAAAGUGAUUUGUCUUUCACCUGGGGGCAUUCACAUCUCCUGUUUGUGAAAAUUGCUUGUACGUGAUACCUGAUAAAAUUACCACCGUAGUUUUUUUUAAAAUGAAGGGGAAAGGCCUGACUAACUGUUGAAGGGAGAUUCUAUGGUACAGUUCCUUAAUGUUUAAGGGCAACAAUUCUUCAGCAAUUUUCGGAAAAGCUUUAUAUAUAUUUUUCUUUUAAUAAUAAACUGAAAGAAAGGAAAAGUAAUCUUCAUGUUUAGCAUUGGGUUUAGAAACUAAAUAAUUCUAAGCAGAUUUUUGCACGAUGAACUUUUGAAGCAUGGUUUGGCAGUGGAAAUCCUAAUGACUUUGUUUGUUCUGUCUACCUGCAUUACUUGCUCAAGCCAUAAUUUGAGCUGUCCUUAACUUUUCAUUUCGGCGCUCAUUCAAUAAUUUCUGCUUUUUUUGAACAAAUUAUGAAACAUCAGUCUUUAAAAUACAAAGGAAUUUUUAUUCACUUUACAAGGGUUCUUUACAAACCGUGCUUUUAUGUUUGUUUUUCCUUUUGCCAAUUCAAGUGCACGAUAACUGAAUAUGAUUAUAUUGAAUGCCGGUGAGAAUGUGUUCAAGUGACAUUGAGAAUAAUUUACUUUCACUCUUGUAGAAAAUCUACUUUUAUGAAUUUGAUUGAGGGGGGGAAGCAAAGAGAAGCAAGUAAAUAUAAUGAUUAUUUUAAAAAGAUAACGGACAUGAUUUUCAAUAGGAAUUUUCAAAAAAGAAUGAACUGGGAAAUGGGGUGAGUAUAAAUGAGGAAAUGGAUUUGGCUGAGGAUUGGAACUGAAACUUAAUCAUGAUAUUUGUAAUGGAGCGUAAACUUGAGAUUUUAAGAUAUAUAAAUAAUUAACCCUCAGUAACUAUGUAUUUUGAUAUAAAUAAUCAACUAUAUUAUGCAUACUUUUAACAAAAUAUACUAUAUAACUUACCAGGAAUAUGUUUCUUUAAAAUAGCUGCACAUAUAUUUUAUUCCUUUUUAACCAUCUCUCUUCAUGAAUGUUUUCUUUUUAGACCUGACUUAGUGUUAUCAUUUUAACCAUAAGGAUCAUAUGGGAAAUGUGGUGAUGGGGGUGAAACAGUAUUUUGAGAAUAAAUGCAAGAAUUAAAAUGCAAAAGAAACCAGAUCUCCUCUUUCCCCCUUACCUAUCCCUGUGAUUUCUAUGUGAGGUUAUUCGAAGUGAUGUGCAUGUUUUCAAAAUGUUAAAAGCAAUUUGAAAUAAAAUAAUUUUUACAUUUUAUGUACAUUUGCAAGUGGGAAUUGCAAAAAUGUCAUAUCUUCCAUGUAGCUCUCAAUCAGAGGCUUCUGUGUUGAGAAAAUAUAUUUUAGCAGUUAUAGGGUAUGUUCUCAAAUGAAACUUUAACACUACAUUUAGAUUAACUGCCUGGUACCCAACCUUUGCUAGUAAUUUGGAAAUGAUAUGUUUUAUAUAGGAAUAAUGUGCUUACAAACAGUUCAGUACACUUGACCCUUCUGGUGCUGCAGUUUGUACAGACUCUCAUCUAAUCCAUUCCAUUGUCAAGAGGGGAACAGCUAAUAAACAUUAUUGUACAAUUUA